CUGCGCGUCGACCCGGACCGCGCCCACCCGUUCCGCCUCGUGGACGGGAAGUUCCUGGCGAUGGAGGUCAUUGUCAGCGGCCGCCUCGAGGCGUGCGGGCGCGCGCUCGCGGCGUCCGACGUCGCGGCGCUCGACGAGUACAUCCACCGCUGCAAGCUGGGCCCCUUCCGCGUGAGCCGCCUCGUGCAGCUCUCCGCCGCCGCCGCCGCGGCCGGCGCGGCCGCCCCCCAGACCCGGGCGCUGGAGAGCUUCCAGGACUCGGCCAGGGGCGAGCUGGAGAAGCUCCGCCGCAUCCAGGAGAACCGCCUGGCGCAGGUCAAGAAGCUCUACCAGGCGCGCUGCCCAGAGACCCGCGCUUCGACGCCCCAGUGGGUCACGAAGAACGCCUCCCUGCGGGGCCGGCCCAGCGAUGCCUCCACG